CGUCAUUUGCUUCAGCAUUCACGCGACCCUCGUGAGGUUUAGCGGCUCAGAAAAUGGAUGAAUGGUUAUCAAGAAAAUGGUACAUGGGAGGGUGAAUGGAUAAAUGGCAUCUCUUCUAUUGACAUUUUAUUUUGAAACUCGCUACAAUAGGUUUGCUUUUGAAAUUGAGGAGCUUCCUCGUCCCGGAAGUAUAUCCCAUCACUGGGCGGUAUUUUGUGGGCGGAUUGUGAUUUGGGGCGGAUAUUUUUGGGAUAUUUCGUCUUGCCAUUGCGGGACCUAGAUAACAGAGAAAACACAGUCGCAAUGCAGAUCCUCACGCCUCACGUUUACUGGGCACAGCGGCACGGAGAGAUUUAUCUCCGAGUGGAGCUGAGCGAUACCAAGAAUCUUGAAAUCAACCUACAAGAUAACACAAUUCAGUUCAAAGCACAAGGACAUGGAGCUAAAGGAGAUAAUGAAUACAAGUUUAGUUUGGAAUUUUUUGAAACCAUCAGACCUGAGAUUGAACACAAAUCAACACACCAUCAGGUAGACAUCAAAAUUAAGAAGCAGGAAGAGCGCUGGUGGGACCGUUUGACGCUACAGGAGAAAAAGCCUCUAUUUCUAGCUCCUGACUUCAACCGCUGGCUGGAUGAGUCUGAUGCUGAGAUGGAGCUUCAGGCUAAGGAGGAAGAACAAAUUAAAAAGAUAAAUGUGGAGUCAAGAAUUCAGAAAGACCCCCAUCUCAGUCUGAAGAAAGGCUACUUAUUUAUGUACAAUUUGGUGCAGUUCCUUGGAUUCUCCUGGAUAUUUGUCCUCAUGACCGUUCGACUCUUCAUUCUUGGUCAAGAUUCAUUUUAUGAUACCUUUCACAUCGCAGCUGAUGUGAUGUACUUCUGUCAGAUGAUGGCUGUUCUCGAGGUGAUUAACCCCUUGUUAGGCUUGGUCAAAACUGGCUUUUUUCCUGCCAUGAUACAGGUAGCAGGGAGGAACGUCAUUUUAUUUGUCGUCUUUGGCUGCUUGGAUGAGAUGCAGACAAAAUCAGUUGUCUUCUUUGUGUUCUACCUGUGGAGCACCAUUGAAGUCUUCAGAUACCCUUUCUACAUGCUGGCCUGCAUUGGCAUGGAAUGGAAGCUGUUGACAUGGCUCAGAUACAGCCUUUGGAUCCUGCUGUACCCGCUUGGGGUUGUUGCUGAAGCAGUUGCUGUGAUCCAGUCCCUCUCCAUCUUUGAUGCGACACAGCUGUUUAGCCUCCCCCUGCCCGCGUUGCUGGGACACUACUUAAGCUUCUCAUAUACUCUGCAACUCUACCUAAUUCUCCUGUUCUUGGGUCUCUUCAUCAAUUUCCAAUACCUGUACAAGCAGAGGAGGAGACAUUACCAAUUUAGGAAAGGGAAAGUUCACUAAUGGAGCAAGAUGUAACUCAUACUCUGAACUGCAAUGUUUAUUUUUUUGGGGUCAUUAAUACAUACUGCUUUACUUAUUCCUCCAUUGCCUGGAGGCUUUAUUUUAUUUAUUUAUUUUUCAUAUUUUUAUUUAUUUUUUUGUUUCCUAUAUGUCUCUAGUAGGAUUUUCACUCUGUUGGUCAUAGUUUGACUGACACAAUUUGUUGAUUGUUCUCUUUGAGAGAGGUAAAUGUAAUUAAAGCCAGGAAUGGACAUAAUUUUUAUCUCCUCAAAUAGAUAUCAAUCAUCAUUGGUGCAUUGUUUUUCCUUACCAACCAAUAUUACUGUAUAAACAUAAAGUAGGAAUGUGUGAAAUUUAAAAAGCUGAAUUUGUUUACAUGAGACCAAUAUAAUGACAGGUCUUUUAAAGAGGAAUGGCGAUAGAUGUGUGAUUUUCUUGUGGUGGAUAACAUUCUAUUUGUAUUUAUUUUUUAUUAUAUUAGAGUACCUGACUGUGCGAUCACUGAUCUGGCUCAGUUCUCUUGGGCCCCCAGUAUUUUAUGCUCCACCGACCAGUUUCCGUGAAAGAUGUCAUCGUAGUCCCUCCUCAGUCAUGAGCCACCGUCAAAACCCCAUAAGUGGUGCCAUUUGCGUCAACAGUUUCUUGUGUGGCUCACACAGCUGAGCCCAACUGAACUGAGAAAGGAACAAAUCUGUUCGUGAAGUUAUUCCAAUCAGCACGUUUACUCAAAAGAUUUAAUCUUUUGAACAAGUGGUUUGGAGUACUGGAGCCCCUGCCCCACCGCCACUAAACAACAUGUCACCUUCUUGGUACGCUUAUACACUUAGAUCUGGUCCGCUUUUAAUAUUUUCAAUGUGCAUACACACCUGUGCACCUUUAUGACACUAUUAUUUACAUUCCACAAAGUAUCCAUUAUUUUCAUUUAUUUACAGUGAAGAUAAGUAUUUGAACACCUUGCUAUAUUGCAAGUUCUUCCACAUAGAAAUCAUGGAAGGGUCUGAAACUUUUAUCGUAGGUGCAUGUCCAAUGUGAGAGAGAUUAUCUGAAAAGAAAAAUCCAGAAAUCACAAUGUAUGAUUUUUUUUUAACGAUUUAUUUGUGUGAUACAGCUGCAAAUGAGCAUUUGAACACCUGUCUAUCAGCUACAAUUCUGACCCUCAAAGACCCGUUAGUCCGCCUUUGAAAGUCCACCUCCACUCCAUGUAUUAUCCUUAAUCAGUUGCACCUGUGUGAGGUCGUUAGCUGCAUAAAGACACCUGUCCACCCCAUACAAUCAGUAAGACUCACACUUGUAACACGGCUGGAAAGGGCUAUGGAGAAAUUAGCAAGCAGCUUGGUGAAAAAAGGUCCAGUGUUGGAGCAAUCAUAAGAAAAUGGAAGAAGCUAAAUAUAACGGUCUGUCUCAAUCAGAGUGGAGCCCCAUGCAAGAUAUCACCUCGUGGGGUCUCAAGGAUCCUUAGAAAGGUGAGGAAUCAGCCCAGGACUUCACGACAGGACUUCGUCAAUGACCUGAAAAGAGCUGGGACCACUGUUUCCAGGUGAUUGUUGGUAAUACACUAAAACGUCAUGGUUUGAAAUCAUGCAAGGCACGGAAGUUUCCCCUACGUAAACCAGCACAUGUCAACGCCCGUCUUAAAUUUGCCAAUGACCAUUUUGAUGAUAAAGAAGAGUCAUGGGAGAAAGUUUUGUGGUCAGAUGAGACCAAAAUGGACCUUUUUCGUCAUAAUUCCACUAACCGUGUUUGGAGGAAGACGAAUUAUGAGUUCUUUCCCAAGAACACCAUCCCUAUUAUGACACAUGGGGUGGUAGCAUCAUGCUUUGGGAUUGUUUUUCUGCACAUGGGUGUCAUGCUAUCAGACAUAUUUUCAUUUCAUCUCAACGGAAUUAACUUUACACAAUGCUUUGUUUGACGGGCAACAUGGCGGGGUAAAUAAAAAAUCACGUGAUUUUAUGACGUAGGCGCAUGAUCUCUAUAAUCUAUUAGCAGCAUAGUAGCCUAAAUAACUUCCUAGCACUAGCUGACAUAACAUGUUUAAACAAGUGCUCUCGUCAGUCACAAAAGUCAAAGGAAUACGGAAAACAGAGGUAAUCUCCAGGUGCAGACUGAAAUAAGUUCUCCCAAGAAGCAAUGAUGGGUCACGUGAACUGCUGACCCACCAUUAUAACAGUUUAGUGUCCCAAAAAUAAUUGGUGGCGGUGAAUGGGAUCUUGUGGGGUUGCCAUUCUCCUUGAAACCAGUCCUCACUUAUCCUCAAAGCCCAACCUAUACAGUUUCUAAAUAUCACUAUUACUAUAAAAAUGCAUUGUUGAAGUCUCUGCAGUAUGAUGUUUGGGGAAAGAAAAUUACGCUUUUGUUUGCACCUAGACCUGGAAUGGGAAUCUCACAUAUGCUCCACAAACUUUUUUUUUUUUUUUUGUAAACACAAUUACCAGAAAUUUUUGUUUUUGUUUUGCAGGAGUAAAAAAAAAAAAAAUUCAAAUCAGUACGGCCAACAAACUGAAUUGUGUUUAUGUAA